CAGGAGAGGGCGCAGACCCGUCAGAGUCAAAAGCCCGGUGCGGUUCUUCAACUCCUUCCUUCCUUCCUUCCCCACCGGCUCCGUUCCCUUCCCGUCACUCGCGACUUUACUCAGUUGCCCCCGGCGACCGCCCGGCGACCCCGGAUCGCGGCCGCGGGCCUCCCGGCGAGCUCGUCCCAUGCGGUGAGGCGUCUCCAUGGGCUGCGUGCACGGCCGCCCGUCCGCCGCCUCCACCCCCAGCCCCGACGCCUCCUCCUCCCGACGCCGAAAUCCGCAGCGGCAGGAGGGGGUCGCUGCCUCUGCUGCUGCUCCUGAGGCGGCGGAGGGGGAUGGCGAGAAGGUCGAGCGGUCGGCGGCUGUGGCGGUGAAGAGGGAGCGGCGGUCGCGGUCGUCGCGGCACGCGCCGCCGGCGGCCGAGGUCCGCCUCGGGGGCAGCUUCGCGAACAAGGCGCGCGGGGAGCAGGUCGCCGCCGGCUGGCCCGCCUGGCUCUCCGCCGUCGCCGGCGAGGCCAUCAACGGCUGGACCCCGCGCCGCGCCGACUCCUUCGAGAAGAUCGACAAGAUCGGGCAAGGGACGUACAGCAAUGUGUACAAGGCGCGGGACUCGCUGAGCGGCAAGAUCGUGGCGCUCAAGAAGGUGCGGUUCGACAACCUGGAGCCCGAGAGCGUGCGCUUCAUGGCCCGGGAGAUCCUCAUCCUCCGCCGCCUCGACCACCCCAACGUCAUCAAGCUCGACGGCCUCGUCACCUCUCGCAUGUCCUGCAGCCUCUACCUCGUCUUCGACUACAUGGUCCACGACCUCGCCGGCCUCGCCGCCAGCCCCGACAUCAAGUUCACUCUGCCCCAGGUCAAGUGCUAUGUGCAUCAGUUGUUGUCAGGGCUGGAGCACUGCCACAACCAGGGAGUGCUGCAUCGCGACAUCAAGGGGUCGAACCUGCUCUUGGAUGACCAUGGUGUGCUCAAGAUUGGGGACUUUGGUCUGGCAUCCUUCUUCGACCCGAACCAUAAACAACCGAUGACCAGUCGGGUGGUGACGCUGUGGUACCGGCCACCAGAGUUGCUAUUGGGUGCUACAGACUAUGGAGUGGGUGUGGACUUGUGGAGCGCCGGAUGUAUCCUUGCCGAGUUGCUAGCUGGGAAGCCUAUUAUGCCGGGACGGACCGAGGUGGAACAGUUGCAUAAAAUAUUUAAGCUGUGUGGAUCCCCAGCCGAAGAGUAUUGGAAAAAAUCAAAGUUGCCUCAUGCAACCAUAUUUAAGCCCCAGCAGCCAUACAAAAGGCGAAUAGCAGAUACGUUCAAAGAUUUCCCGCAGUCAGCAAUUCGGCUGAUCGAGACACUCCUUUCAAUUGAUCCUGCUGAUCGUUUAACAGCAACUUCUGCUUUAAAUAGUGACUUCUUCACAACGGAACCUCAUGCUUGUGAUCCAUCAAGUCUGCCCCAAUACCCACCAAGCAAAGAGAUGGAUGCAAAAAAAAGAGAUGAAGAAGCUAGACGUUUAAGAGCUGCUGGUGGUAGACCUAAUGGUGAUGGAGCAAGGAAGACAAGGACACGGGAUCGGCCUAGGGCUGUUCCAGCACCGGAGGCAAAUGCUGAACUUCAACUAAAUAUUGAUAAAAGAAGGCUAAUAACGCAUGCAAAUGCGAAGAGCAAGAGCGAAAAGUUCCCUCCACCACAUCAAGACGGCGCACUUGGAUAUCCAUUGGGUUGUUCAAAUCACAUGGAACCUACAUUUGAGCCCCCAGAUCCGUCUUCAUUCAGCACCGUAUUUCCUUACGAUAAGAGCUCUGUGCCUACGUGGUCAGGACCAUUAGUUGAAGCUUCCGGAGGCAACCAGAAGCGGAAACACAAGUCCGGACGCUCGUCAAAACAACCAUCGACUGCCCGUGCUCGGUGAUACCUAACUUGAAGUUUGGUGCAUAAGAAUUAUUCGAUACAAAAAUUACUCGGCAGCACUUGCUGGAAGCUCGGAUAUCUGAUUUUACAAUCAAGUCAAGCAAGCAGUGAUGAAAUUCUUUCAAGAUCCAUGAAUUCAUUCCAUGUACGGAUUCUUUUCGAACAGCAGUGUAUAGACGGGAGAGGGAGCUCAGUUAGUCAAAUCAUGUACAUUAGGUUCUCUUUUUCCAUUCUUACAAGCAGCUAUAUGUCAUGUUAGAUUCGUUUGAGUGAGUAAUGGAACUUUUAGAUCUACUUGGCAUUUCACAGCAGGCUCACUCUUAACUCUUACCACAGCUAUGUCAUGUUAGAUUGAAUAUUUGCUACAUCAGAUGGUUUUUGUUGAGGAUUCACUUAAUGUAUCCGUCUUUAUGACUUAAGCUGUAGAUUCAAAUAGAUUCA